AUGUCGUCAUCCGAGUCAUCCGCAUCAUCGAUUCCUCCCCCGGACGAGGAGAAUUCUAUGCCGCAGGUUGACAACCUAAUCUCCUAUCUCCUGGGAGCCAAGCGGUCGCUCUCCUCAAUCAACCAUGUGUGGCGAGCCAACGAAAUUGUGACUGCAUCCCAUUCGGCGUUGGAGGAGAGCGUCAUUGUCUGCUCUCGGACAGGGUUUCUACGCCGAGGUCUCAACAACCAGCUGCGGCUGCUAUAUGACGUCCGCACCGAGGUGGAGGAAAUCUCAUACCGAGGUCGUGAUGAGUUCUCGGCUGCCUUGAGAAACCUAGAUGCAGCGGAUGCUCGCCUCAAAGAUACCCUGGAUUUACUGCGUGGGACCAUUGUUCACCCUUCAUUCAGACCCGGGGAUGAAGCUCAGAAGACUCUCCAUGACUUUGUCGAUGAGCGAGGAGUGGCAGAGCUGCAUGCGUCCUUGAAAGACUCAAUAGACCGUACUAACACAGCACGAGCGGAGUUGGACACAUCCAAUCGGGAGUUUGAUGACGAGCUUCAAGCCACCAGGCAGUCACUCCGACAUUACCACACAGCUACGAAAUUGGCCUCAUCCCGUGUGUCAGUCUCGUCAUCGUCCUCCUCUGCCUCGGAUUCCGGCCUGCUCACGCUAUCGUCGAUGCCUGGUCAGAUCCAGUCAUUGGAGGCCCACGCCCAAGAAAUGGCCGGCCUCCUUGAGUCCCUGGUUCGUCAUUUUGACCUCUGCGUCACUGCUGUGAAACAUACAGAUGGUGGAGGAGCAGUUGCACGAUCUAUCACAGGAGAUAUGCCCACGGGGGUGGACCGCAGCACCGACGGGAUGCCAAAUAUUGGGGCGGAAAUCAAUGCCAAUUUGAACGCACCCCUGGAUCCCAUGACAGACGCUGAAUACCAGGAGAUGGUUACUGUCAUUAUCAAGGAUGCUCCUGAGGCCGAUGAUGUGGUAAUGGAAAUUCAAGAUCGCAUCACCGACAUGGAAUCCAUUUUCGAACAGGUACAAGCCCAACGAGAUGUGCUCUUGACUAUUUCCAAGGCAACCGUUGAAGUGAACACCCACCUGUCCUCAUUGGCCUCCUUUCGUCUGCCUCGUUACAUCUCCCAGGCACACAAUUUUACCAGAGUUUGGCACGAGGAAAAUGACCGCAUUAACACUGGUCUUGUAGAACUCUCUGACCUACACUCCCUCUAUGAUGGCUUCCUCAAUGCCUAUGAUAGCCUUAUGCUCGAGGUAGCUCGUCGAAGGCAUGUCCGCCUAAGGGUGGAAAAGGUCCUCCGAGACACCCGGCACAAGCUGGAUCAACUCCACGAUGAAGACGCUGCCGCUCGGGAUGCCUUCCGUGUCGACCAGGGUGAUUUCCUCCCCUCGGACAUCUGGCCUGGUGUUGGACUAGCGCCCAUGCAGGUGCAAUUCCUCCGCCUCUCAGGGGGUCACCUCGACGGUAACCCUGCUCUUGAGGAUACCAAGGAGCAAUCCAGGGCUCACGAGUUGGCCGAGGCUGUCAAACCAGGGGUUCCAGAUGACAGUGCUGAGGGGGAACAUAUCCCAACCCUUCCGAAAGACCUUAUCGAACAAGCAUACGCACGGGUCAAAGCGCGGCAUAAGAACGUUGCGUGA